UGCAUCCGAGUGGCUAACUGCAUCAGGACACAUUGGCCUGUCAGCGGUGAGCAGAAUGGCCCUUUGUACCACAACAGUGCGGCGGUCUGUUUGCCACGGCCCCCUGCUGGCGACAGGGCGCUACUGCUCUCGGCGCGGGCCGGCUGAAUGGAGUCUUUAUGAAUGGUUGAGGCCGAGGGUGAUUGUGAAAGACGCUUACUGUCCGGGAAGCAUGUAUUUAUGUGCUGUGGAAUACGCAACGAUUUCUCUGAGAUCAUUUUAAAAGAGACUGGUGGUAUAUGGACACACGCACAGACGCACACACAGGCUCAUACACCACGCUUGUUCUCUAUACCUCUUGGCAGCUAAGGAGAGAUGGGCGGCUCCUUCUUUUGGAACUUUCUGUUCUUUAUUAUCAUAAUGCUCUCUGAGUGGAGCUUGCCAGCAAUAGUCAACCUCUCUCGUCCCCUAUCCCCCCUCUCUUUCUCUCUCUCUUUCCCUCCUCUUCUUGGAUCGAGAUGUCCUGCUUGUACUUUUCCUCUGUCAAAUUUCACAGCAGUUUCUCCACUCUCCCUCUGUCUCCCUUCCACUUCUUAUCUCUCGCUCCCUUCCAUUCUCAUUAGUUUGUUCUACUCUAUGAUCAAUGUGAUCCCCCUGAUCCUCACAGUCUUGUAACCUCUCUCUGUCUUUAUCUGUCUGUCUGUCUGUCUCUCUCUCUCUCCCCUCCCUUCUCUCUAACUUGUUCUUACCCAUGAUCCCCCUUUCCUCACUGCCCCUGUUCAGCCACAUUCUCGCUCUCUGAUUUUCUCUGUCCGUCUCUCUCUCUUCUUUAUACUUCUCAUACUAUUUGUUUGUUCUCACCCUCUCUUACAUUCUUCCUCUUCCCCCUGCCUUCCCUCCCUCUCUCUCUCUCUCUCUCUCUCUCUCUCUCUCUCCCUCUCCCUCCCUUGCUGCUCGCUCGCUCGCUCACUCCCUCCUCUCCGUGGCUGGAUGUUUACCAUCUCUCUCUGACCACCAGCAGAAAUACUCAGCGGCAGUGAGCAGUGUAGACUCGCGGCUCUAUAAUGCGCAGGGAUCUCUCACUGGGUAAGAUGUCCAACUACAAGCGUGCAACUUUUGAGGAGGAGGAGGGGACAGAUGUUCCAGCCGAUGGAGCCAUUUCUCCCGACAGUGUGGAGGUGGGGUUCCGGAAAGGUGGUAUCCAGUUUUUUGGUCCGUUGGGCCGGAGGACUCAGUUGGAGGUGGUUCUAGCUGGUCUGCUCUUGGCCUCUCUGCUGGCACUGUUUGGCUGUGCAGUCACGCUAGGUGUCCGUUAUAACAGAGAUCCAUCACGUAGCCUGUGUCUGACGGAGGCCUGUGUGACUGUGGCCAGUAAGAUUGUGGAGUCACUGGACCGUACCGUUGACCCCUGUCAAGAUUUCUACCAGUAUGCGUGCGGAGGCUGGAUCCGCAAAAAUCCUCUUCCUGACGGGCGGUCGCGCUGGAGCACCUUCAAUAGCAUCUGGGACCAGAACCAGGCUGUGCUUAAACAUCUAUUGGAAAAUGGCACCUUUAACUCGAGCAGUGAAGCGGAGAAGAAAGCUCAGUUCUACUACUUGUCCUGUCUAAAUGAGCAACGUAUUGAAGAGUUGGGUGCCCAACCACUUGUUGAUCUUAUUGCUAAGACAGGGGGCUGGAACAUCACCGAAACCUGGGAUAAGGAUAACUUCAUGGAUGUUCUGAAGACAGUGUCAGGCCCUUAUAGAGCUCAGCCCUUCUUCACUGUCGGGGUCAGCGUGGACCCCAAAAACUCCAACAGUAACGUCAUUCAGGUGGACCAAUCCGGACUCUUCCUUCCCUCUCGGGAUUAUUACCUCAAUAAGACUAAUGAGAAGGUAUUAAAGGCCUAUCUGGAUUACAUGGUGGAGCUGGGCUUGUUGCUGGGGGGAGAUAAGAACUCCACUCAGAAUCAGAUGCAGCAGAUUCUGGACUUUGAGACGGCGCUGGCCAACAUCACAGUGCCUCAGGACGAGCGCAGAGACGAGGAGAAAAUCUACCACAAAAUCACCAUCGCAGAGCUGCAGACCCUGGCUCCUGCUGUGGAGUGGCUGGACUACCUGUCCUCUGUGCUUUCACCCCUGGAGCUGAACGAUACAGAGCCGGUGGUGGUUUACGCCAAGGAGUACCUACAGCAGGUCUCAGAGCUCAUCAACAAGACUGACCGCAAUCUGCUGAACAACUACAUGAUCUGGAAUUUGGUGCAGAAGGGAGCAUCUAGUCUUGACCAGCGAUUCGAGAACGCUCAGGAUAAAUUACUGGAGAGUCUUUAUGGCACCAAGAAGUCGUGUACUCCGCGCUGGCAGACGUGUAUUGGGAACACAGACGAUACGCUGGGUUUUGCUUUAGGAGCACUCUUUGUUAAUGCCACCUUUGACAAACACAGCAAAGAGAUAGCUGAAGGCAUGAUCAACGAGAUCCGAACUGCCUUUCAAGACGCACUGGAUCAUCUAAACUGGAUGGAUGAUCAGACACGAAAGGCUGCCAAGGAAAAGGCUGAUGAUAUUUAUGACAUGAUCGGUUACCCAGACUUCAUCCUGGACCCCAAGGAGCUUGAUGAUGUUUAUGAUGGGUAUGAUGUGUCCGAGGAUAACUUCUUCCAGAACAUGCUCAACUUCUACAACUUUUCAGCACGGGUGAUGGCAGACCAGCUCCGCAAACCCCCAAAUAAAGACCAAUGGAGCAUGACUCCCCCCACAGUAAAUGCAUACUACAUGCCCACCAAGAAUGGCAUCGUCUUUCCAGCUGGAAUCCUGCAGGCUCCCUUCUAUGCCCGGGAUCAUCCAAAAGCACUGAAUUUUGGAGGCAUUGGUGUGGUCAUGGGGCAUGAGCUUACUCACGCUUUUGAUGAUCAGGGUAGAGAGUAUGAUAAAACUGGGAAUCUCAGACCUUGGUGGCAGAACUCUUCAGUGGAUGCCUUUAAAAAUCGAACAGAAUGCAUGGUGGACCAAUACACUCAGUACACCAUCAAUGGAGAACACAUCAAUGGAAAACAAACCUUGGGAGAGAACAUUGCUGACAAUGGAGGCCUGAAAGCUGCCUAUCAUGCAUACAGGUCAUGGGUGAAAACAAACGGAGAGGAGAAAAGUCUCCCAGCAGUCAAUCUUACCAAUGACCAGCUCUUCUUUGUAGGGUUUGCACAGGUCUGGUGUUCAGUACGAACCCCGGAGAGUGCUCACGAGGGUCUAAUGACCGACCCUCACAGCCCACCCAAAUACCGUGUUAUUGGCACGCUGUCCAACUCCCCUGACUUCUCCCAGCAUUUCAACUGUCCGCUGGGCUCCCCUAUGAACUCAGGCCAUCGCUGUGAGGUGUGGUAAGGCCAGGAGCGCGGAGGCGAGCCAGGGGGCGGCCGGCUUCUCUUUGCUUUGACCAGUCAGAGCUGAAAGGAUGGACUGUGCCCUUCUACCAAGCACUGGACUUUUUUUUUCUUUUCUUCUUCUUCCUUUUUCUUCACAGAACAUGAAAGGCUGCAGGACCUGAAGUGGAUCUGAACAGGUUGGUCCAAAGGCUGGAGAAUACACAGGGAGUGUUUUAGCUUUUAUUAUGUCCAGCCUUUAGAACAGGCAACUGAUCUCUCACUUUCCUUCUGCACCUCCACAGAAGCCCACACUGGGCUGUCUCAUUUCUUUUUUUUUUUUUUUUUUUUGCUGCACUUGAACUUCUGGGUGGUACAGUGAGGACAAGGAUAAAUCCCUAUCCCUUUCCCUUUGCUUUUGUUUUUUUGUGUGUAUGUGUGCUUCACGCCCUGUUUACAGCAAUCCAGCAAUCCUGGACAGGCCUCAUUCCCCAGGACAUAAAAAAAAAAAAGAAAGAAAAAAAGUGAUAUCUAAGGGAUGCCUCUCCUUGUCUUUGACUUCACAUGAAAUGUUUGGUUCCCUCUGUGACCUCACAGGAAGUGCCAUACUCUCUUAGUGACCUCACAGGAAGCGUCACAAUAUGGAAAUGCAACGCUGAGCUCGGUCCGUGAGCCCACAGGAAGGAAGGGUAAUGAGGAUUAAAGCAUUGCGUUCUCUCUCCGCUACACCCCACCCCCCACUCUGUGUUGUAAUCUCACCAAAAAGCUGCAGCAUGGUAGGUGGUUCAUGACGAGGACAGCCAUCCAACCUGUGUAUAUUGACAUUAGCAUAUUAUUAAUAUUAUUUUGACAAAGUUGAAAUUACAUGGUUAUUUUAAACUGCUUUUGCCAAAGAAUGUUCAGUUGGCUUUGGUUAAGUUCAUGUUCAUCCACUGUGUUCUGUUGCAUUUUGUAAAAUCACUCUGCUUUAGCCUACUUACACACUGGUCAGGAGGUGUCUGUUGUUAUUCCCUGCAAUGUUUAACUGGUGUGUGUGUGUGUAUGAAAGGACUGAUGUACGUCUCAUUUUGUGCUGAACUUUCUAUGACGUCUAGUCUGCUGAAAUGAUUUAAAGACAUUUUAUUCAUUUAUAUAUAUUUUUUUGAAAACCACUAGGAGAUGAGAUGUGUUCUUUCUCCUGUCUUUUUCUCAGUCAUGUCAUGUGAUUAAACCUGCUCAUUCCACACUUAGACUAAGGCCCCGUUCACAAGUAUCCGGAUAUUUUUUUAUAAUGUUUUGUCCUCCUGUUCCUGGGAAAACACCAUUUUGGGUUUUGAAAACUGUUGAGGGGGGAAUUUUUUUUUAAUGAAAUCACAAAAACUAAACAAAAUGUGUUCAUGUUUCUGGCUUAAUCUCAAAUCCUUACUCCCUAUUUAGUGAACUACACAAUGUAUAAAACUACACCAUCCACACGCAGAUAGCACUAGAUUUCAGAUUCAUUUCAACAUAUAAAUACAUAAAAGUAAAUAUGCUUCUAUUAAAAAUAUUUAACACUGCUGGAGUUAUAAACUCUUUUUAUGACUUGUGUAGUACACUACAGAGGGAAUAAUGUGCAGUUUGUGAUUUUAAAUAUCUGGAUACGUGUGGAUGUAGCCUGAUGGUAAUUCAGUUACACUUACUAGCUUUGAACAUUUCAGGAUAAUGCGAUAAAUAUAAAUGGAGGGUAUUGCAAAUCUGCUGCUGAACACAAGCUACUUUUAUUGCCAGUUGAAGUGUUCAGUCUAGCUAGCCUAGUCACACUAUCACACUAUGAGGGGUUGGUUAUUUCACUGUGUUAUUGAGUCAUUUGAUAUUGUUUUUUAAGCCAUGAAUGACACCAGCAAGUACAGUUUGCAAUUUUAGAUGUCUAAAAUAUAAUUUUACAUAGCAACUGAUUAUAUUGUUUAUAUUCGAAAGUUUUUUUUUAUGACCUCUAGUUACACAUCAACCCAGCUAGCCAGAUAGUAAGCUUAAAUUGGUCUGCUGGCUCCACGGACUGUUCGUCCACUGACUGACUGGCAUGGCUGGUCCACCCACAGACCACCCAAAUAAGUUUUUAAUGCAUUUCACACAAGAUGUCACUAGUCACUAAUCUUCAGAUUUUAAAUGCCUAGAAACUUUUAUUUUGGAAAAUAAACUAAAGAUACUAAAUACUACAACAACUAAGAAGAAAAUAACGACUGGCUGGGUCACCAAUUGCACGUAUAUACUAAUUUUAUUAGUGUGGAUUUGGCAGGUUAGUACAAAAAUAUUACUAAAAAAAUAUGAAGCAUAGUUACUGCAGGUUUUGCUGUCCCUGUUUUUUUUCCCCAGUGACUCCCUUUCCUUUACGCACUGUAUUUAAGGAUAGAAGUGAAAUUUAGUUAAUAAUGGCAACCACCCUGCUAAUUUUUUUUUUAAAAAGCCCUUGAAUUGUUUGACCAGUUCUGGGUAUGAUUUAAUGAUCUUUGAUAACAUUUUUUGAGUCGAGUAUAUAGUAUAGAUAAAGUGUUAAGUAGUACACAAUUAAGACACAGCUUAGGUCUGAAAUACCGGUAACCAUAUUUUGUUAAAAUUGUUGUUGCUGGAACUGAAAAUCAACCUAACAAAUAAAUGAUAACUAAGAAAUGAAUGUGGAUAGCCAGCUGUGCUAGGGAUGUAUCUACAUAUAAACUACACAAGUUUUUUUUUUGGAGUAAAAAUUGAGUUAUGACUUGGUAUUGCUGGUGUUAUUUUAGGCUAAAACAGCUUGCUGUUGUUUUGAGUGAUCACUGUCUGUUUAGCACAUUACACACAUUGUGACUAAAUGCAUCUAUUAAGCUAUGUUAACAUUAAUUCAAGUUAUUCUUGGGUCCUUCCAUAAUUUUUUGCAUUUUAUUACAUGUACGGAAUCUGACAAAUAUGGAAUCAUUCCAUUCUACAGAAGGUUUCAGGCCUCUGCUCCGUCUGCCUUAAAAUGCACUUCUGUUGGAUCCAGUAGAGAUAAUCUUCAUUGGUUAGCUGUCUGAAAAUGCUAACGUCUCAAUACAUGCUUACAUUGCUGCUGUUUUUUCCCUGAGACUGAUUGGCCUCCUGUUGUAACGUCUGUAUCACCGGGCUAGUCUUUUGUAAUGUUGCACCUCCAUUGCUUAGUUUGCUUCAUAAAACCUAAACUUAAGCAAGAUAAUCUAAACCUGCCUGCUCAGUCCGUCCCUUCGCUAACUAUCUCUCUCUUGUGAAUUUUAUUUUCACUAGGAGAAAAAGAGAGAGAAAAUUUUGUGGCUGUGUGGAGGCAUUAGCGAAGUAUGUGUACAUUACUCUAUUUAAAAAUGGAAACUUUAAGAGUUUGUUUGUUUAAAGGCCAAAUAGACAGACAGAUAGUGCCAUAAAAUGUUCGACAUGCUUACCACUAGUUUUAUUUUAACUACCAGUCUAAACUGAUUUUCAAUAAAUGUUUUUUGUUGCUGGCCAGUCAAAAUCCAGCUUUGUUGUUUUUCCACACAGUGAGAAAGUAGCUUCAGUAUUAUGCGUUUUUUUUUUUUUUUUUUUUUGGUGGAACAUGGGUGGAAAAGCUCUCAAAUCAAAAAGGGGUUAAAAAGUUCAGGCCUGGUAAGCCUGAUGCAGAACGUGUCAAUAAAGUGUUCUUCAGCAGUUUCUGUCCAAGGAUGGCAACUGUAUAAGUGGGAUUUUGUUCUCAUCUUCCCUGUAUUGUUUGUUUGUUUGUUUGUUUUUUGUCUGUACUUUAAGAUGAUGUAAUGUUCUAGCCUUAUUUAAUUCACAAAGUGUACAUUUCUUUGAUCGAUGGUCUGUUUUUUGUUUGUUUUUUGUAAUGAUGGCAGUGAAGGUUACACUGAGAGCUUUUGAAUUUGUAAGACAAAAGGACGUUCCCUGUUAUCGAAUCAAUCAGUAUCUGUCUGAGGACGCUCUGCCCAGCCUAUAGUGCAACAUUCCGCCUAGAAAAGUAUAAACUGAAUCUGAAAUAAAAGUAUAUAUUAUAAAACA